CAAGGACGGUCCCGCAUUCACCUGCUUUUGCAGUAAUAGUGUAUCUCUGCCAUCUGUGUCCUUUUGUUUUAUUUCGUUAUUUUUUUUACCCUUCCCCAGACACCAGUAACUAUUAACUCAUUUUGCUGAAUGUUGUUGGGUAGCGGAAAAUGACAGAACAAGAGAAUGACACCAAAAGCUGUGUGCCGCUGGACUUUGUUUCUGGAAAGUCAAUGAUUUGCCUUUUAUGCCUGUUCCGAGCAGCGGGAAGCAUGCCUGUUGCUUGUGUGCCGCUUGGGACCGGGGGCCAGCGGGUCGCUGGCUCCGUGUACGUCUGUCGGGAGAACUCGUCACCGCCUCAGCAGCUGAGCGCUCGUCCCGAUGCCCCGAUGCCCGUGACGGCUGUUUGCUCUUCUCCAUUCCUCACCCCCUGGUGGCAGGAGCCCGCGACCCACUCUGCCCCUCCUCCAUCCCGCCCCAGCCGAGGUGGCCUCCUGCACAGGUGGAACAGGGGCCGGCUGUCAGGACUGUCACACCCGCAUGGGAUUCUCAUUAUGAUGACAUUAUUGGACCCGUGCUGGGGGUCUCUUCAGACCAUCCCCUCUUACGGCUUUAAACACGCGUCCAAUCCCCCCUCUCCAGUCUUGGCCAAGUUGGACCACAGUGAGAUAGUGCAUUGUGUUCCCUUUUAUCAGCGCGACCUUGACCGUGUCCCCGUCGGGGAUCUGCAGGGUCAGGUAGUGGAACGUGGCCAGAAGCUGCGUCCGCGGGAGGACGGGCCCCCACGGCCUCCCGCGCUCACAGCAAGCGGCGCUGCGCCCUCGUCGGGAGGAGAAAACUGCGGGGCCAAGGCAGGUAGAAAGUCUGUGACCAGCUGGUGUCCUCUGCGGCCCCACUUCUGGGGGCCUUGCCCGUUCCAGGGGCGCAGAGGAAGAAGGGCUAGAAGGGCUGGGGUUUCAGGUCCGGCUGUCCCCAAGGGUCUCCUCCCCCUGUCCCCGCGCUGCGGCGGCAACCGUGGCCGCAAGGGUCAGGGCCACCCGGGAAGGCCACGCAGAUCCCAAACCACACUCGGAGCGAGGGGGCGUGUGUCCCCGCCUGUACCGCUCCUUCGGGGGCUUGUCCCUUGUCUUCCCGGUCUGCCCCGCUGCUGACAGCCCCGGGGGGCUGCGGGUCCUCACGCAGCUGCUGCCCUGAGCCACCCCCGCUUCCUCCGGCCCCCGCCGGCCACACGCUGCGUAAAGGGGACAGACACACACGGUGACCCCCGGACCCACACGCACCCUCUGUGGUCGUUGUCACAAGUCUCUGGUUGCUUCCAGUAGUUUCGUUCCUUCUCUUCAUGCUUAACCACACGCUCGGGGGAAGGAAGUGAGGGUCUCCCCGGACCCAGGUCCGCCCUUAGCCGGAGUCCGGAUUCGGUUCCGCUGAAGGCUGAGCCGGGCCUGGCUCGGAGCCGCGGGCUGGGACCGCGAUGGCGGCACAAAGGCCGGGGUGGGAGCCCCUGGCCUCGUGCUGUCGUCGUGCUUGUCGCGCCCGGCUGCUGGGCACGUCCGCUGCGCCGAGGCUGACCUGGCUGCGGCCGCGCCGAGGCCUGACUCCCGUGUUGUGUGCUCCGGCUGCUGCUUGUGUGUGAGCGUUUCUGUGCCUUCUAACAAAAUACGCUUCUCAGUUCUGAAAACGGUCCCCUCAAAAUGACCGUUUUUAAUGCAGCGCUGAAGCCUUUUCUCAAAAGCGAGCCUCGCUGCGAAAGGCAUCCAGCGGACUUUGAUCCCAAGAUUGCUGAUGGAUUGAUUCCCCCAUGAAAAUUGUCACAACAAAAUAAACCACAUGGAGAGUCAGGGAAUAAAAAGUCAAAAGAAAGUUCUAGAAGCUCGCUCUCCCUUUUUGAAAAAAAAAAACCCACCAACGUUUCUCAACUCUCUGCCCCGCUCCCUGGCCCUGUUGGGUUGGUUCUUGCUGCCCUUCUCUUCUUUCUGUGUCUGUGCCUUUCUUCACAGUAGUCCUUGGCUCUGCACGGAAUAAAUGACCCCUCAAAUCUAAUUGGAUGUGCUUUCGCCUCUGCAUGUAAGUACGGCACUAAGAAAACCUGGAGAUCUUUCUGACUUUUUGAAAUUAGAGAAGCAAAUGGGAUAGAUGGACCCCCCCCCCCCCCCACUUUCUGGAGGGAGGUAGGGAGGGAAGGUUAGAGUAGCCUUUAUUAAGAAAAAAAGGAAACACUAAAUAUAUUUAAAAUAGCCAUGUUUGUACCUUCCCCACAGUAAAUACAAAUUUAGCUUUUCCUUGAUGCCGUGUGGAAGUCAGAAGUUACUGUUCCAGGCUGCGUUUCGCACAGCCUGUGGGCAUCACUGGACAUUACAGAAGGUCCUUGGUUCUGACUAUGGAGUAAAACUAGAAUAAGAAAUGACCACUUUCCUUUGGAGAAAACCAAGAGGAAAAUAUUUUUUAUGUUAGGUUGCUUAAUUUUUUGAAGAUCUUGGUUUAAUGGUCUUUCCCUCCCGCUGACUGCUGGCAGUGAACACACCUUUUUUUUUUUUUUUUUUUUUUUUUUUUUUUUUUUUGCUAGACAGCUCUCGGGGCCUCUCCCCAUAUCUUCUGUUCAGCCACAAUGACCAUUGCUUUUGGAUUUUAGGUCCGUGUAAUGGUUGUAUGUGCAGUAGAAUGAUGGAAAAGCACUUAUGAGAAUUUUCUGGCAGUUAGGGACUUUGUUUUCCCAGCUUAGGCUCCUCAUUAAUUGGUCAGAGUUUUGUCCAGAAAGGGCCUCUCAACCAGGGGAACAUUUAAGGUCACACUGGGCACAGGUUCCUUAUUGUCUUCCUUCUCUGCUUUGUAAUCUCACCAGCAAUAACACUUAUUCUCCAUAUCUCGUGCACCUCAAACGGACGGACUGGGUUUCUUCACUUUCUGACAUACCCCUACGUGUUGCACACACACACUGUUGAAUCUGGGUUUCAGCUAUUACCAACCCGUGUCAUACUGUGUCUCGUGUGGUCCUUCCAAACCCGUCCUUUUAGAUCCCUCUGCUUUGCCGUUUGCAAGUGUCUGAAAUCGUCAAGUCUCAGCUUCCAGAAAGUCUUGGUUCCACUGACAGAAUCUAUAGGUGAUGACUCUAGUGGAAACUAUGACCUACAAAGUCUAGAUUGUAUGUAGGUAUGAAGGGAAUUUUUUAAAUAAAUGAAAAGCUGUGAACAGCAUUAGAACUUUGUCUAUUUCUUAAUUUUAAAAUAUGCUGAUAUGCCUUAAACUGUAGUUGUAGAUCACUGUCAUUUUGCUGUUUGAAAAUAACCAAUGUGUUUCUAAAAGUGUUGUGUAAUCUACUUUUGGUGUUAAUGCAGAACUGUCGUAUGUGUAAGCUGCAUGUUAGACACUUGUCUUUUUUAAAAACUAAAAUAAUUGUAUUGAUCUGAAGUAUACCAUUUUUUAAGUACGAAAGUAGUCACGUAGCUACCAUGCUCAGUAAUUUGGUGUCUGUUAAGGUAGGAGAGUGAUGCGCAGGUAAUCUAUGCCUGUAUCACUAGUGCCAAGACACGAAGUGGGCGAAAUAUAUUUUUACCCAAAC